GCUCGGCGUGGGGAUGCCCGGCUGGGAGCGCCCGGCUCCGCCAGGAUGAAGAAGCACCAUCACCACUCGGUGCAGGGCACCUUCAGCCGCCUCUUUGGGAAGCGCCACUCCAGCCCCACCGCCACGUCCCUGUUCGCCACCAACCCGCCCUGGAUCUUCACGCAGGAGGUGACCUCGGACAGCGCGGGUGGUACCGGUGAUGUGAUCGAGGUGUAUUACGGUGACAAUCGCUUUGGGACAGUGACAGACUCUGGCACAGCAACACUUAAACCUCGUCCCAGGGUCCGGCCGCUGCUGACUUUCCUACCCCUGAAUGCCCAAGAAUCCCAUGGGGUGGCUGUGCCAACACCCUCAGUGCCAGAAGACUUUGAGGAAAAAGCAACUCUUGGCUCUGGCUCCCGGAUCAAUGGCAACUACCGGAUGUACAGCUCCGUGGGGGACCUGCGCCCACAGGCUCUGGAGGGGGAUGACCUGGAUGAAGACAUCCCCCCACCACCAUCAGUACCCCCACCGCCCCCUCCAACAGCACCUGCGCCCGUGCCACCCCCUCCGGCCUCGCCGGUCCCUCCACCCCCCGAAGUGCUGCCGCCACCGCCGCCUCCGCCACCCGAGCUGGUGCCACCCCCUCCUACCAUGGCAGCUCCGCCACCUCCAGCCUCUGCCCUGUCCUCCCCCGGCACACCAGCUCCUCCAGACUUCAUCCCCCCAGCCCCACCGGGUGCCUCGCUGCUCGUCCCGGACCCGGCGCCCUUCACCUCCGGCAUCUCCAAGUGGAAAUCCGAGACGGUGCUGAACACGAGGCAGGCGGAUGCUGAGGGGCCUGUCCGCCCUGCUGAGCCCGGGGUGCCCGCUGCCCCCAGCCCCAAGGAGAGCCUGCAGCCCAAGCACUGCCCCGAGCCCCACCUCACGUUCCCCAGGUCCUUCAAGGUGCCCCCGCCAGCCCCGGCCCGCUCCUCCUCCAUCCCCGUGCAGGAGAACCAGCCGGUCCGGCAGGAGCCCUUCCCAAGGCAGCCGCACUCCCGGCCCCCCCUCCCGCCCUGCUUCACCAUCAGACCCGCGGCCAAGGCUCGUGGAGGGGGAGAAGCUGAGCAAAGGAAACCUGCCACGAAGCCAGCUGUGCUGACACCCCCAGCUGUGCUGACACCCCCACCCCUGAGCCCCAAGCCGGGCCCAGGGCUCAGCCAAGGGGCGAGUCCCGCCGGCCGCCGGUCCCCUCUGCCCGAGGUGGAGAAGAUUCCCCCGCUGAAAACAGCCGGGAGAGACUCCCCUCCAAAACCUGAGCCUCUCACUGCCAACGACCUGGAUCUGCCCCCUCCGGACUACCCGACCUGUGAGGAUGACUGGAAGGACGCCAACAACCUGAACCAGCUGCGGCAUGAGCUGUCGGCCCUGCUGCGCUCCCCGCGCAGGGAGGAGAGGCCCGUGGAGAAGCCGGCUGCUUCCCAGCCCACCGACAGCAGGACCAGCCGUGCUGGCAGCCGGGAGCCCGCUGUCAGUGAGCCCCAACCUGCUGGGAAGGACAUGGGGUUACCUAAGGGAGGGGACAGCGAGAAGAAAGAGGUGCCCAGCAGCCCCCCCAGCACCAACGGGGGCUCUCCCAGCGCAAUGGUCACCGCUCCGGAGAGCGACCCUGCCACGCACACCCGCAGCGUGAUGACCAUCAGGAACGAGCUGGAGGCUGUGCUGUCCCUGAAGAAAGAGGGGAAACCUGCCCCAGGGCUCGGGGGCCAGAAGCAGGGCACUGAGAAUGGCAUCAGCACCCCACAUGUGAGGAAGAGCCCCCCCGACCUGAGGAAGGGCCCCCCUGAAGCAGGUGACUCGCUGCUGCCAAAGCCGGUCCCGAGCCCGCUUCCAGCACCAGUGGCUGCUGUGGAGAAGGAUGAGACAGAUCACGAGGACCAUCCCACUCCUACCACUGGCAAGGCCACAGAGGACUUGACCCCUGCUCCUGGGUCCCUCAACAGCAGCCUGAGCCCCCCAGACCCACCUCAGGGACCAGCAAAGGAGCCCCCUGCUCCCACCUCCGCCUCGCCCCCCGUCUCCCCCGCAGAGAGCUCGGCACCACAGCCCAGCACGGCCGUGUUCCAGUACAAAGUGCACCGGGCUGGGGCCAGCUCAGCCGAGCCUCCCUGUGCCCCAGGCUCAGCUGAACCACCCGACCCUGGGAGCUCAGCCAGGAGCCCCCCGGGCGCCUCUGGAGCGGGGCAGGAGGAGGUGCUGAUCCACCCGGUGACGGGGGAGCGGGUGGAGCGGGGGUCCCCCAUGGCCCUGCUCCUGGCGGCCCGGCAGCGCGCCCAGCGGGGCCGCCAGGGCGGGGACGUGGGGUCUGCGCUGCGGGCGAAGCCACCCCUGAAACUCAGCAGUGCCUCGUCGGACACCACCUCCACCAGCUUCUUCCGCCACGAGUCCAAGCCCUACUCCUUCACCGUGGUGCCCCGGCCGUCUGCAGCAGGUUCAGCAGGGCCUGGAUGGAGCAAACCUCCCUCCUUCUCCAGCUCCUCGGACCAGGGCCGGGAUGUGCGGGCGGUGGGUGAGGCACAACCCCCCGGCCUGCCCGGGCACCGACGAGCCGCUGCCUCCAGCCUGCUCCGGGGCCUCCUGGACUCCGGGCAGCCAAACCAGCCCAUCCCAUCCCGCCACGCCGUGCCCAGGGAGGAGGAGAACGGGGAGACGGCGCUGGACUACGGGAUUAUCCCCCCGCCCCCCGAAUUCAGCAACGAGGCGGACGAGGGUCCCCUCCCGAGCCGGGAGGAGAACCGCAAGUGCCCCAGCUUCCCCGACUGCAGCCGGGGCGCGGAGGAGCCGCGGUACUUCAGGUGGCCUGGCUACGGGGGCCGCUACGGGGGCAACCACGAGGCGCCAGCCCCGCUGCCCUCAGAGAAGAGCCGGAGGAACGGCGACUUGACGCCCCAGUUCCCGGAUUACAGCAGCUCCAGCGGCUACUCCAGCAGCGGCCCAAACCCCCGCCCGCUGAUCAAGAAGCGCCUGUACGUGUCUGAGCCUGACAGCUCCUACCCCCGGGCGGCCGCAGCCCCCCGGGCCACGGGCACCCUCUCCUCCUACGGCCCCGGGGGGUUCAGCGCCGUGGGUGGGGAGGGGUCCCGCCGCCUGGGCCCUGCCCUCAGGAACGGCCCCUCGGGGGUGCAGGGCAGGCGGCCGUCCGUGGAUGCUGCCGGGAAAGCCGCGGUGUACGGGAGCGCCGGGGCCGACGCCAAGUACAAGGGGCAGAACGGGGAUUUCUCGCCCGCCGGAGUGCUGGCAGCCAGCAGACCUGCCCACGGCAGCCCCCAGUACGGCGGACCCACCAACACCUUCACGGUCAGGCCCGGGACACGCCAGCCCAUCUCCUACGCCUACCAGAGCAGCCACCGGUAGGCUCGUCCCCAGGGCUGCUCUGCCACCUGCACCCGGCUGGGAAGGGAGGAGAAGGUGCCUGGCAUGGUCCUUUCCUUCUCCCAUGGGCCCCAGGGACAGUCCCAACCCAGCCAGCAAACGUGCUGCUUGAAACUACUGCUGGAGAAGGUGGGGGAUGACCCUGGGACUCGGACUUUUGUCUCAAAAGACUGUCAUGGAGAGUAAGUUACUGCCUUGUUACCUGAGCAAACGUGGUUUGCCUUUUUCCCCAUUUUCCCCUUGGAUUGUUUUCAGAAUUGCAGCCUGAUAGGUCGUCUGAGAAAGCCAAA